CCGACGAACGAUGCUUCCGCCUUGCGAUCCAGCUAUUCUCGAGAGCAACCCCCAAUUCAAACACCUCUAUGAACAAUUAACAAAAAAAUUUCUCAAUCCCGAUGGCUCGACGCGUGCCAACGAUGCGCAGCCGGCCAGAAAGGCGCUUCUGGAAGAAAUGAAAUACUGCCGAACCCGCGAUGCGAAGAACAAGAUCAAGAAACAAACGUUGCGGCGAUUGGCGUUCGACCCCGACAGCGGGCUCCCCGACGACGUAAGGGAGCGUGUCUAGACCCCUGAGCACCGCACCGCAGCAGCGAAACUGACAUGAAGAAUUUGCUGUGGCAAUAGUGUCGAGACUCCGCGGCCAUCAUCU